UCUUCUCAUCUUCCAUCCUUGCCUAAACUUCCUCUCUAUCUAUCUCUCUAUCUCUCUCUCUCUCUCUCUCCCUUUCUCUCCAACACUAGUACUACUAUCUCUAAACUCCAUGGCCACCACCACCACCACUUGCACCUUAUUCACAACUAUCCCCUCUUCCUCCUUCACUCGCCGCAACACCUCAUUGAUCUCACUCCGCUCCUUUCCGGCCAGUUCCAAGCUCUUCGGCCUCGACCAAGCGCGCGGCGGCCGUGUCACAGCCAUGGCCACGUACACAGUGAAACUGAUCACUCCGGAGGGCACUAAAGAACUGAAGAUGUCUGAGGACUCCUACAUCUUAGAUAGCGCUGAGGAACAAGGUUUUGACCUGCCUUACUCGUGCCGGGCCGGUUCGUGCUCUUCAUGUGCCGGUAAGGUCGUCCAAGGAAAGGUCGAUCAAUCUGAUGGAAGCUACCUUGAUGAUGAUCAGAUGGAGGCAGGCUAUGUUCUUACCUGCGUUGCUUUUCCCCAGUCCGACCUUGUCAUUGAGACUCACAAAGAAGAAGAACUCAUGGAAUUUUAAUAUAUUAUAUAUUCAUCUUGUUGUUCUUGGUUGUCUCUGUUGUUGGAAACUUUGAAUAAUAGUUGCUGCUUUGAGUCUGGAGCUGGAAAUUAAAUGGA